ACGCCCUGCUCCUCGCUGCUCUGCAAUUUUCAACAUUUCAACAUUGCAGACAUUUAUGUCUGCAAUGUUGCGUCUAUUACUGACGUCAUACUGUUAGUCGCACCUGUUUACUGCAGCGCCUCGAUUUUUUUUUUUUUCCCCAUUGAAAUUCUACCGCGGCGCGGUUGUCAAUAAGGCCGGGAAUCGGGUGUUGUUGCUGGGAGACCAUCGGACCUGCCUCCCCCUGCUAGCACCAGGAGCUAGUAUCAUUAGCCGGCUACGAUGUGCGGCUGGCGGCGGGCUGUUCUCCACGCCGGGAGGGUUCUUGGUUGACUGCUGGUCGCCCUGGGAGUGAAGUUGGACUCGGAUAUUUCAUAUUUUCAAGGAUGGAUGUUGACUUGUGUGCGGGGGACAGUACUAGGAGGAAAGUGGACUCGACUGGUUCUGCAGAAGGCACCAUGGAUGUGGUUCCCUUAGAGAUGUACGACUCCUCCAGAGCCAAAAUAUCUGCCAACCUGCGAUGGCUGUUUGCCAAAGCCUACGGCAUUGACCAUAUACCAGAGGACUUGAGGGAUCCCUUCUACACAGACCAGUAUGACCAGGAACACAUCAAGCCACCUGUGAUCCGCCUGCUGCUAUCCUGCGAGCUUUACUGCCGUGUCUGCGCCCUCAUCCUGAAGACUGAGCAGGCAGCGUCUCUCAAGUCGCAUCACUCUGUCAUCCAAUCUCUGGACAGGAAGGGCAUUUAUGUUGUGGACAGCGACGACCAGGCUGUCACAGAGGAGGACCUGGCUUGCUUACCCAUCAAGAUGAGUGCUCACGUGCCCAUGAUUGAUGCUCUGAUGAUGGCUUACACAGUGGAGAUGAUCAGUAUUGAGAAAGUGGUGGCCUCUGUGGAGCGCUUCUCCACCUUCAAUCCCUCCAAAGAGCUUCCCUUUGACAUGGAGGAUGCCAUGGUUUUCUGGAUAAACAAGGUAAACACAAAGAUUAGAGAAAUCACUGAAAAGGAGCACAAAGUCAAGCACCACCUUCUAGAAUCUCCGAGCCACCAAAAGGUACGAUAUCGUCGGGAGCAUGCCUCUGGGCGCCAUUUACCCUUCUUCCCACUGCUGGAAGAUUUGAUGAGAGAUGUUUGCGACGGAGCUGCGUUGCUCUCAGUUGUCCACUACUACUGCCCAGAUCUCAUGAAGCUGGAGGAUAUUUGCCUGAAGGAAGUUCCCUCCAUUGCUGAUAGCCUGUACAACAUCCAGCUGCUCAGAGAGUUUGCAAACGAGUAUCUGAAUAAAAGUUUCUAUCUGACAACAGAGGACAUACUCUACUCCCCUAUCGUGCUCAAGCACAAUGUGAUGGUGUUCAUCGCUGAACUCUUCUGGUGGUUUGAGACAGUCAAGCCAGAAUUUGUCCUUCCCAGAGACCUACAAGAGUCAAAAGACGCUCGAGCCAUCGCUCAGCCGAAGGCUUCUCGUCCAUCAGUGCCCAUCUCCAACGCCACCAAACGCAGCUUCCUGACCAGUCCUGGUGAAAACCAGAGCAGCCCUGAAAUCUGUCACAGUAGAGGCGGCCCGUCGUUCAGUCCUUCCCACCCACUUUUGCCUUUGCGUCAGAGGCAACAAAAGCAUCAAGGAGAUGAUAGUGCUGGUCUAAGGAACCGCUCCAACUCCUUGACACAGAUGGACAGGCAGGCCCGAGGUUCUGUUGUCGCUUGGCCCGACAAAAGACAGAGACCAGUGUCCACGCUGAGCCCCUUCAUGUGCCAAUCAGCCGCAGACAGCGACGCCGACGUUGCCUCUGGCGACAGUGUUAGCUUGGCCCGCUCAAUAAGCAAAGACAGCCUAGCGUCCAACGUCAUCAACGUCACGCCUAAGCACCUGACUUCUCUCCACCAGUCCUCGCUGGCUCAGAUGCGCAGGGUUAAUGGUCACAGCCUGUUGGGAAAGGUCAACCUUGACCAUGAAGAAGAAUCUCUGGUGGCAGUUGCUAGGAUGGAGUCUGCUUCCGUCGUAAAGCAGCAUGAUGGAAGCCAAGUGGCUGCCGGAGUAGAACCUGAGUCAAAGUCCAAACUGGCACCGGAAGGGUUUUAUCUGGAACCGCUGAUGCCUGCUGUACUGAAACCAGCUAAAGAGAAGUCUGUGUGUCUAAACAAGGAGCAGGAGAGUGGAGAGGGGCCCUGUCCCCCAGGAAGGGGUGUCUUAUGCCAAGGAGAUGGAUCUCCUUCUGUAGUUACUCGAAAAGCUCCCCUCGCCCUUAACCGAACCUUUACCUCUAUGGAUGAGGAGGCUAUCUUGUUAGAGGAGCCUCCCCAGGUUGAGGCUGGUUUUAGGCCCAUUGCCACCAGCAGUGUGGACUCUUCAUCGAAGGAGCCCGGUGGCGGCUUCUACCUCCAUUCCGACUCUAAAGAGACAACACCUAGCCAAAGCUUUGAAGCAGACUUGGACGACCUGGAUGAGGAAGACGAGGAUUUGGAUGAGGCUCUCACCACAAAAGACCUCGCUUGGCCUAGAAAAGGCUUUAUUGAGGACAAUGAGGAGGAAUCGGCCAAACUCCAGGAAGACAUGAAUGUCAAAGAGCACGAGGACAAAGACAUAAAUGGCUGCAGUGGUCGCUCCAGCCCUUGCCUUAGCGCUUACUCCCAGGCCAGCAGUGUGGCCAGCGGAAGUGUGCGCAUGACCUCCUUCGCUGAGCGUAAAGCCCAGCAGCAGCGCUUAGGCAGCAACCAUGACCUGCGCUCCAGUGCCUCCAGCUCACAAAGGACCACGCCGGAUGGAUCGGAGAGCAGUGGGCCGUUGGGCUCUUCAUGGAGGCUCAAAAGAGACCAGAGUCCCUCGUCGCCUUUGGGAGGUUGCAGUCGUGACGGUAGCGGCGGUACCAACGUUCUUGCAUCCGAAAUUAUCCAGCUUCGUAUGCAAUUGGAGGAGAAGCGGCGUGCCAUUGAGCAUCAGAAGAAAAAGAUGGAAGUUCUGUCAGCCCGGCAGAGGCAGAAGCUGGGUAAGGCUGCCUUCCUGCAUAUAGUGAAGAAAGGUGGCGGUAAGGGCGGUACAUUGCCCAGUCCACUUAAAGCUGAUCCUUCCAGAGACGAGCUCAAGGUAGAAAAAGUAACAUCGGCUAAGGAUGAUAUGUAUGUUGAUGCCCUGAGAGGGGACAAAGAAGUUGAGGGAACCACGCCCUCCGGUGCCUUAGAAGAAGACAAGAAGGGAAACAAUGGUAGCUUGCCCCAAGAAGACGAGUUGGACCUCAAUGAGUGCAACCGCACCAUGGAACUGCUGCAUGAAGCCAUUGGCAACAUCCAGCAGCAGAUGACGCAACUUUCCCUUCAGCAGGAGAAGAUGAUGAAGCAAAACAUGCAGUCUCCUCCUGCUGCUACUCCUCAGUCCCUCACAGCCGACAAAAACGCUGACCGCAAGGCCGGUUUUCACUACGUGGAGCACCUCUCCAGCACCGGCUCCGUUCCCACGAGGAAACCACCCAAACUGACCUCAGGCCGAAGUGGCAGAUCCAAACCGUCUGAGUUGAAAAUAAGCAAGGAGCAAAGCCGACACAGCUCCAGGACCUUGACCCCCUCUCAUGGCGGAGCAGAGACACACUCACGGCAGGCAGCUGGGGGCAGGUCCCCCAAGAACGAGCAACCCGACACUCACAGCCCCAGAAACACUGCAGUGGGAGAGAUGAUUGGCACAGCAGACUCUCGGAGUACUGCCUUUAGGCUUCACGACGAGGCUAACGUGCGACUUCCGACCCGAGUGGACCUGACUGCUCUGCCUCCUCCAGAAGUGUCCUUUGACGGCUGCCUGUCCAGCACCCUGGGAGAGUCACAGCUCAACUCCUCAGACAGCUCGGGUAAAGAGAACCGAGCAUCAGAGGAAGCGCAGCGCAGCAAAGCUCACUUGAUCGAGGUGGAUAUGUCAGGGCUGAAGGACCCCGAAGAAGAGGAAGCUGAAUGCGAUGGAGAGCAGAAAUCAGUCCUGGGCUUCUUCUUCAAGGACGAGCAGAAAGCCGAGGACGAGCUUGCCAAGAAGAGAGCAGCAUUCCUGCUGAAGCAACAGAAGAAAGCUGAGGAAGCCCGGCUGCGCAAACAGCAACUGGAAGCAGAAUCUGAACUCAAGCGGGACGAGGCCAGGCAGAAGGCUGAGGAGGACCGCGUGCGUAAAGAGGAAGAGAAGACGCGGCGGGAGCUGAUAAAGCAGCAGUACCUCCGCAGGAAGCAGCAGGAGAUAUUUGAGGAGCAAGGUCUUGUGAAGCCCAAGACACCCAAGCCCAAGCAGAAACACAGACCCAAGUCUGUCUUGAGAGAGGAGUCUUCCAGCGAGAACCACUCAAAGUGCUCUUCUUCCACACUGGACAAUCUGAGCACAGCCCAGUCAGGAUCCAGUCUGUCGCUGGCCUCCGCCGCCACCAACGAAGCUGACAGCGUCAAUUCGGGGGGGGCAGGUUCCCACCGCUGUGACUCUGUAGAGUCCUUUCCAGGAAGUCGAAACCACAGUCGGGCGGCAGAGCGAGACUGGGACAACGGCUCCACCGCUUCUUCCAUCGCGUCCAUGGCUGAGUACACCGGCCCGAAGCUGUUCAAGGAGCCAAGUGCCAAAUCAAACAAGCCAAUCAUCCACAACGCCAUCUCACAUUGCUGUCUGGCAGGCAAAGUCAACGAGCCGCAGAAGAACCAGAUCCUUGAGGAGCUGGAGAAGUGCGAGUCCAAUCACAUGAUGAUCCUGUUCCGCGACGGCGGCUGCCAGUUCCGGGCGCUCUACUCCUACUUCCCGGACACAGAAGAGAUCCACAAGCUGACGGGCACGGGGCCCAAAAGCAUCAGCAAGAAGAUGAUUGACAAGCUGUACAAGUACAGCUCGGACCGCAAGCAGUUCACCGUCAUCCCCGCCAAGACCGUGUCGGUCAGCGUGGACGCGCUGACCAUCCACAACCACCUGUGGCAAACCAAGAGGGGCGCGGCAGCCAAGAAAGGAGCAAAAUAGCCCCGCCUCCUCCUGUCAUCCCAAUCAUACGCCGCCAUCUUGCUAUGUCUACCCCAAAUUUCCCGCCGCCAUGCACGGCUGUGCGUGCAUGCAGUAGGCCGUGGCCCCCUGGUGGCAGGCGUUUUACACUACGUAUUAAUCAGACUGACGGGGGUGCGGAUGGCCAUGUGACCUGAACAAAAGACGGAUCGAACACAAUCUCUUACUGCGCAAAAAAAAGACUGCUGCUUUGUUUUUGCUGACAUCAGCAUCUGGAGACAUGAUCACAUGGUGGUACUUCCUGUCCAAUCGCCUUGCAAAGUGCCCACUGAUUGUGUAGCGCCGGGCGUAUAGUCUAAGGAAGACACGAACGGCGAUCAUUUUAACCAUUUUUAUUUAUCCAAACAUCCCUUUUUUUCUCAGGGGUGUCUAACAAGGGAGAUCUGUGUUUUGGUUUUGUUUGGGAGUUGAAAUGUGCGUUUUUGUCAUCACAACAGAGAUUCUCUGAUGUUUAGAGCGUAGUUGUGGCCACAAAGACAGAACAAUGGUGCACACACACACACACACACACACACACACGUCAUGCAAUGUAACCACCGAGCGCCGCCAUUAAACAACAUUCCUCUUAAGGUUUGACACGCACUGCCAUGUUGGUCUGGUCUGUCUCUCAAAGUGCUUCUUCACCCGCCUGUUGGCCUCCAUGACAAAGCACCUGUGUCACACCUGCACUUUACUAACGAGGCCCGGGUCUCUUACUACUGCAAAAAAGAUUGUAAGGGCAUUGCUCACCAUUUUGUUACACCUUUAGUUUCACCCCCGCCUUUUGAGCUCAUGUCAUCUAUUUAUUUUCAUACGCGUUUGCAAGUGAAUAAAAGUCACAUUUUUAUUUUUA